UUUAAUUACGUGGUUACCGCUCACAAGCCCACGGCGGUGACACAUGCUGUGGUGGCGAGCUUCACAGGGCCCAACGAUGUAAAUCUUAUAACAGCUUGCUCUACACGCCUUGAGAUCCGCACGCUGGGGCCGCAGGGGCUGUCGGCCGUUCUAGACGUGCCCAUCUACGGCAAUAUCAGCGCCCUGCAGGUCUUUCGACCCCGGGACCUUCAUGCGGACUUGCUUUUCAUCCUGACGGAAAAGUACAAGUUUUGUGUACUGCAGUACGACGCAGCCAAAGGUCAGCUUUUGACCCGUGCCAAUGGUGACGUGGCGGACCGCAUUGGUCGUCCCGCUGAAAACGGGCAACUGGGAGUGGUGGACCCGGCAUGUCGCCUCAUCGGGCUACACUUGUACGACGGAAUGCUCAAGGUCAUUCCCAUGGACGACCGAAGCGGCCAGCUGUCCGAGGCCUUCAGUGUGCGGCUAGAGGAGCUGUCCGUGCUGGACAUGGCCUGGCUGCACCCGCAGCCCCCGGGCGGUGGCGGUGGUGGUGGGUCCCCGGGCCGGCCGCUGCUGUGUGUCCUGCACCAGGACCCCAAAGGUGCCCGCCACGUCAAGACCUACGAGAUGCAGCUGGGGGCUAAUGACCUCUUAGACGGUCCCUGGCAACAGCAGCAUGUCGACAGCGGCGCGGCGCUGCUCAUACCCGUACCCUCGCCACUGGGGGGUGUGGUAGUUGUGGGCGAGAAUGUGGUGUCGUACCUGGGAGGCCCGGGGGGCCAGGCGCCCGUGUCAGCGCCACUGAGGCAAACCAUCGUCACGGCCUGGUGUCCGGUGGACCCGGAUGGCUCUCGCUUCCUGCUGGGGAACCGUCAGGGGGGCAUGCAGCUGCUGGUGCUAGCACACGACGGGAGCAGGGUCAGCGGACUUAGAACUGAGCCGCUCGGCUACACCUGCGCCCCUUCCUGCCUAGCCUACUUGGACAGCGGACUCACAUUCGUGGGGAGCAGGUCCGGGGACUCGCAGCUGGUGCGCAUUUCCGCACAGCCAGUAAACCAGCCGCCCACCUACUUGGAGCUGGUAGACAGCUUUCCCAGCCUGGCGCCCAUCGUGGACUUUGUUGUGAUGGACCUUGAGAGACAGGGCCAGGGCCAGUUGGUCAUGUGCAGUGGCAUCGACAGCGACGGCAGUUUGCGGGUGGUUCGCAACGGUAUCGGGAUCAACCGCCAGGCCACUGUGGAGCUUCCUGGAAUCAAGGGGGUGUGGAGUCUGCGCUCCCACUACGACGACGAGUACGACAAGUACCUUCUGCUGACCUUCGUGGGGGAGACCCGCCUGCUGGCGCUCAACACGGAGGAGGAACUCGACGAGGCGGAACUGCCCGGUUUCGACAGCGGCUCCCAAACCCUGUGGUGCGGCAACAUGGCCACCGACCACCUGCUUCAGGCAAGUGGCUCCAGUGUACGGCUGGUGGAUACGGCAUCCCUGCAGCUGGUUUCGGAGUGGCGGCCUGCACCCGGAUUCGCCAUCCACGUGGCUGCUGGCAGCCCCACGCAGGUCGUUGUGGCCACGGGCGGCGGCCAUCUGGUAUAUCUGGAGGUUGUACGGCGGCCCGAGGGGGUGGUUGAGGUGGUUGAGAUUUCCAACGUGGUCUUAGAUUCCGAGGUGGCGUGUGUGGACGUAUCGCCCUUGAUGCUGCAGCAGCAGCCUUUGGCAGGCGAGUGGCCGGGUGGGCGGUCGUCCGUGGUGGCGGUUGGUCGUUGGGACCAGACGAUGCAACUGCUGUCGGUACCCUCCCUGGCGCCGCUGUCUUCCACGCCGCUGGGUGGAGAGGUCAUUCCACGCUCCGUGCUCUGUACGGCGCUCGAGGGUGUGCCGUACUGCAUGGUCGGGCUGGGUGAUGGCGCCCUGCACACCUGGCGGCUGGAUCCCGCGACUGGAGGCCUGUCCGACAAGAAACGGUUGGUGCUGGGGACCAAGCCGAUCAUGCUCCGUACUUUCCGUACGGCGGCGGCGGUUAGUGGAGGCGGCGGGGGCAGCUUGAGGGGCAGCGGUGGCGGCCACGGCGGCGUGAGCGUCUUCGCUGCAAGCGACCGGCCGACCGUUGUUUACUCGUCCAACAAGAAGCUGUUGUACAGCAAUCUUAACGAGAAUGACGUUGCCUUCCUGGCCUCCUUCCACUCGGCGGCCUUCCCUCGUAGCCUGGCAGUGGCGUCAGAGGGCGCACUCACCAUCGGCACCGCGGACGAGAUUCAGAAGCUGCACGUGCGAGCUGUCCCGCUGGGGGAGAACCCCCGCCGUAUCGCCCACCACGAGGGGGCCAGGAUGCUGGGCGUGCUGACCAUGAGGCUGGACAGUGACGGCAGCGAACGCAGCUUCCUGCGUCUGCUGGACGACACGACGUUCGACGUCGUGGCAUCGUACGCGCUGGCGCCCGGCGAGAUGCCGUGCAGUCUGGCGGCCUGGCCUGGGAGUUCGAACGGGACGGCUGCCGUGGGCGCCUUGAACGCGUGUUUUCUCGUGGGUACGGCAUUUAUCGUACCGGAGGAGCCGGAGCCCACGAAAGGCCGCAUUCUGGUUCUGGAGCACGUGCGCCUUGUCACCGAGAAGGAGGUCAAGGGAGCCGCGUACAACGUGCUCCCUUUCGUCAAGGACAAGAUCUUAGCCUCCGUCAACAGCAAGGUGCCCGCAUCCGGGUGUGAUUUGGGUGGUGUCCGGGUGGAGCUGGCUUCUGAGUGCUCCUAUCUAGGCAACAUCCUGGCGCUGUACCUAGCCACACGCGGCAACCUCGUGGUGGUGGGCGACUUGAUGCGCUCCGUAUCCCUUCUGUCGUACAAUGUGGAGCAGGGGGUUCUGGAGCACCGUGCGGCUGACUACAACAGCGGAUGGACCACCUCAGUGGAGGCCCUGGACGACGACACCUACCUUGAGGGGGACAACCACCUCAAUUUGGUGGUGCUCCGCCGGAAUGCGGACUCCGCCACGGACGAGGAGCGGGCGAGGUUGCAGGUGGUUGGCGAGUACCAUACAGGCACCUUUGUCAACCGCUUCCGGCACGGCUCUCUGGUGAUGCGGCCGCCUGAUAGCGAGUUCGUCUCCCUGCCCGUACCGCUGUUGUUUGGGGGUACGGAUGGCCGACUUGGCGUCAUUGCACGACUGCCGCCGGGGUUGUACGAAAUGCUGACUAAGCUUCAGUCGGCACUGCGGCAGGUGGUGCGAGGUGUGGGCGGUCUGAGUCAUGAGGCCUGGAUCGCCUUCUCCAACGAACGACGUACGGCGGACGCGAAGGGCUUCGUUGACGGCGACCUCAUUGAGACGUUCCUGGACCUA